AUGGACCACUCCCACCACAUGGACAUGGACAUGGGCCACAACCACGGCGACAUGGAUAUGGGCGGUGGGCAGUGCAACAUGAACAUGCUCUUCACCUGGUCGUCGAAAGACCUCUGUAUCAUCUUCCGGCAGUGGCGCGUCACAGGCCCGUUCUCGCUCUUCGUCUCCCUGGUGGUUAUCGUGCUGUUGACGGCGGGUUAUGAGGGGGUGAGGAAGGUGACGAGACGGUAUGAGGCGAUGCAUGGAAGGCGGUUGAGUGCUUUUACAGCUGUUACUGGCAAUGACCGUCAAGACAUCGAGUCCGUCGACGAUGCGACUGCGCCAGAUUCCCAUAACCAUCAUCCUCCUUCAUCAUCCAACCACGCCGGCUUACCCCUGCUUGUAGGCAGCGAUACUCGGAGGGCCUUGGAGCACCGCGGCAAGAUCGUCCUGGCGCUCUUGUAUGCGGUGCAGGUGUUUUACAGCUUCUUCAUCAUGCUCCUCUUCAUGACGUACAACGGCUCGGUCAUGUUGGCGGUCGCGGUGGGUGCGUUCGUCGGGUAUUUGGUCUUUGGGGAGGAUACCACGGCGGCCAAGACGGUGGCUUGUCAUUGA